AACAGCAUUAAUCGCGGGGAAGGGCGAGUCUGGCUGCUCUGGCCUGAGACGUUAAGCUCCAGGAUCGACGGCGCAAGAGUCGGCGCGAACGUGGCCGCUUUGGCCAACCUCGAUGUGCCGCAUGGGACCGCAGAAACUACGAGUUGAGUCUGCCCUUGGCUGGCGUUCACACUCGAGGUCUUGUAGCGCGCGCUGGUUCCUAUAGGAGUCAACACCUAGGUCCGGCAGCGUCAUGGUUGAUCUCACGAGUUUUUCUUGGGAUUCUUGUGGGGGCGCUGCCAUUCCUAGCCCAAAUGCAUCGUUUUCUCGCGAAACUGUCACGAAAUUUUGAACAUCCGUUGCGCAUUUUCCACCUGCGCGUUGUCAACGGUUGCAACUGCUGGACUGUGAGCGAACCCCUCGGGACUCGUGCCUUGGCGAGCGCCGCGCAGCGGCGCCCACGAGACGCAUCCAGCGAUUUCCUUUCUCUCGCUCGUGGCCCGUUUGCAGAGGCUAACUAGCAACUCGCGUGUUUUCUGGCGCAGGGUAUCGAAAACAACUUCUUUCUGCAGUCCAAACCCGUGUAUUUUCUACUCUUCGCUGUGUAAAACUGAACUCAGGUAUUUUCUUUGAUCCAGCCGCUACCUUUGAGCGCUUUGCCUUGUAAGGGCCACGAGCGAUGCCUCAGUCGCUUGCUGCCCGCUUCACAGCCCGCCCGUCCAAUGGACUGUUGUAGCUCAUCGCUAACGUGAAAUCCUAGGUUGUGAAGAUUUCGUUUUUAACUCGGAGCGUUGCAGUUCCUUCCAUCUUUGUUCAUGCGUUUGCGGAGGCGUCUCCCUGGCUCUUCGACCCACCGCCCGUCCAUUCUAGGCACCUCGGUCGAACCAGCGGGAGAACCCGGUGGCUUCCAUCGGGGUAGUCCGGGGUAGUUCGAAUCACUUCGAUUCCUCUUUUCCCCUUCCCCCUUUUUAUUACCUUCCCUCCGUCUUGGUCGUUUCCCUUUGCGCGUGCGCCGUACUUCCUCCUUGUAGUUCCGCUGUUGUCCGACGAAAUGGCUCAGACAGCCCCGAACCAGUCUGCCCCGACUUCGGGCUUCUCCCCAAUGGCUUCCAUGGGAAGCUUCGCGGUUCCAAGUGCUCCGCCUUCACCGCUCUUCCCCACUCCAGCGGCAUUCCCAGGCGCAGCACCUCAAAGUCAGACCGUCCCGGGCGUGGCCACGAUGGGCAGCGUCGCCGGCAGCGAGGUCACCCCGUUCCCGAUGUACAACUGGCACCAGAACAGAGUGCCCGUCAACAGCGGCGGGUUCUUCGGCCAGUGCUGCGGCCCCGCUCAGGUCGGCUCAGACAGCUCCUCUGAAACCUACGAUCGGAGUUACGAGGAAAACAUGUGGAGGUGGACCCGAGACGGCAAGCUGCAGCUUCGCUGUGGCCAGCCCGUCGUCCCCGUCCCCGUUAUCCAGGAGAUUCACCGCCGCGACAAAAUCAUUGAAGUACCACAAGUAGACGUCGUCGACGCGGUCCGCCCCAAGGUGUACAACCAGGGUGUCGAACACGAAGUUCCCGUCAUGCAAAUCAACGCGGACCACGAAGACUUUGACGUCGAGCAAAUCAAGUACGUUGAAAAGGAAGUGGUCGUCCCGAUUGUCACAGGUUUUACUCACAAGUUCGUCGCCAAGUGGGACAUUCGCGAGGUGCCGCGCCCCGUCGUCAAGUACGUCGGCAAGCAGGAGGAAAUCGAAGUCGAGGUGCCGCAGGUGAAGUUCGUUGACAAAGUCGUGGAGCACGAAGUCGUGGUGGACACUAUCGAAAAGAAGGUUCCGAAAAUCAUCGAAGUCCCCAAGUACGUUGACGAGGUCAAGUACGUGUGGACUCCCGUGGAGAAGAUCGUUCAUGUGGAACGCUUCGUCCCUGUCUUCGAUGUGUCUCUCGAGUGCCCCGCGCCGCUCAUCGUCCCGUACCCCAUGCAAGCCGUCAAGGAAAUGCCGGCGGUCAUGGUCCGCAAGGAGGUCCCCGAAGCUGCGAUUACCGAGCAAGGCUUUGACAUCGUCUCGCCCCCCGGCACCCUCCGUGUCUCUGACGAAUACGUCCGCGCCCACCACCAGUUUGCUGAGGAAAACGCGGCCCUGUGUGGCGCAGGCACCGCGUGCGGCGCUCCCCAGAAAGAGCCUGAAAUCGAGUUUCGUACGGCGAACCAGAUGAAGGAAGCGCGUGCUGCUGCCCAGGAGGGACACCUCGAGCGCGGGGGCUCGUUCGUGUCGCAAGUCGGCACAGAGUCGCAAGUUCCUCGCCCCGCCGCGACCGACGAACAGGCAGAAGGAAGUGCUGACGCGGGCGAUAAACAGGGUAGCAGAGGCAGCUCUUUCAACUCCGAAGGCGAGGUGCACUGAAACUGGAAGUCCGCAUCAUGCGUAAAAAAAGAGGUUGAGGGACAAUUCAAGGGAGUUUUACAAUUGGGAGCGAUGGGAAGCAUUCAGUCGCAGUCUUCAGGGGAAUCUGAAAGGAUACCGUGCAGAGAGAAAGGCAGAAAGUUGAGAGAAGCUCUCUCAGCAGAAGCCGAAAAGGGUUCUGCGUGGAAAUAUCGAACAGCUGACUCGUACACAAGGGACGGCUAGAACGAAAGCUCACUUCUUGUGAAGCGGUAACGGGAACCUGAAGAACUGACGGGUGCACCACGCGAAUCAUUUUGGAAAACGCACCGAAAGAGGUGCCUUCUUAUUCUGUGUGGCGUGAAUCGAGUGACAGAGGGAUCUUCUACAGUUCGUUUUUCGGGUGCUUUUCUCUUUUUAAACUGCCUCGUUUCAACAUGAAUUGCAAUAACGGCCCUCACGGGUCCACCGUCUGUGUGUCUCCUCUUUGUCUGGGGGAGGGAUCCCGCGUCCACGAUUUCCCGGCACCAGUCGACUAAGAAAAAUCCGCCAGGAGAGAGGACACGAUCGGGAAACAUGACUCCUGUAUGCGUUGCUGCAUAAGUCAAGCAUACUCUUAUACUUUAGGAUAUUCGCUGUAUACAGGUAUAUCAGAUAUAUUUAUAUAUAUACAUGUGUGUAUGUCCAUGCAUAAAUAUAUAUGCAGACAUACCAAGUGCUGCAAUCCAGCGUCAGAGCUGGGGGCUGCCCUGGCUUGUCUUUCCCUGAUAUCCGCGAAUCGCUUGGGCGUUGAAAACAUCGCCAUUUUCCCAACUUUUUUGCGUCCUCUUCGCAACCUGAGCCUGUAGCGUUUCCGGUUGUGGACUCACUCAAUUCCUAUACAUAUCCAGAAUUAACGAAAUUGGGUUCUGCGUAUCUGUUGACUCAAAAAGUACCAGCCAAAAAGGAGAUGUGAAAUGUAUAGUGAAGAAACACAAGACACGGCAAUGCCCGGAGUAACGAAACAGAGAAACUUGGCAGACUCAAACGCAUACCCGUAUAGCGCAGAGCCCUCUUGGCAGGAUAUAGCGCAGACGCGAAAUGCCGAAGAAGCCUCAUUUCCAAGCAAGCGUUUGUGCAGCUCCUACGAAAGUGAACACGCGCAUUUGCGCGGUGAGAAAUCGCGUCUGAAGCUCAGCGCUCGCAAGCUCAAACCUGAGAUCUCAUAUUUGUUAAGCGUCAGCGGUGCCGUACAUGGAUGGCAUCUGAGAAUCAGUUUUGUCACCACAGACAGCCAUUCCCGAUCCCUACCACGACCCCAGCGCGUGCGACACGCACAAUUUUUCUUGGUUUUAAAUCAAUAGAGUCACAUCAAUACAUGAAUUACUGAAAAGCAGAAGUGGCGAGCAUCCAGUGUCGUGGAAUCUCCGGUAGCCACUUUAGUGUCGCUGCAGGGGGUUGCUGCCUGUCUGAUGAGACCUAAACACUGGCAGCACAUUGGAUCUCUUGCAGGAGAAUGCUAAUUUAGAAGAGACCCGCGUUUUAGUUUUCACUUUUUGCCGCUGAGCCGUCUGAGAUCGAGCAUGUCGUUCUGGCUGGAUCAUCAGAUAUGUGUUUGCGUGCACAUCGGUUUUCUUCGAGUUACGCUGAUGGCAUCGCUGGAGACUUAAGGCAAAAAAUUAGCACGCAUCUCCCAUUUAUAGCAUCUUGUAAGGAUGUGUAGAGGAGGCGAAGUCUGUGCGGCGAUUCCCGUCCAGCGAAUGAGUCUUCCACACGUGAAAGUUUCCCCAGGUUGGAGUGGGCCUUUCAAAAAUGUAUCGUCUGAACUUCGAAGCACUACUUUAAAAUCCGAGUGUUCCCCUGCACGUCGCCUUUCGCAGUUCUGCUACGAUUGCCAUGCUGUGCACGCGGAACUCGGGACGAUACCCUCCUUAGGAGAAGCGUUUGAGUGGCGCCUCG